CGCCCGGCGCGGGGCCGCCGCGUCACGGUGACGUCGCGUCGUCGCCGAGGUGACGCCGUCAGCGCUCGCGCUGGUAGAAAUGUGCGGGCUCGCGCUGCGCUCUCACAUCUCCGCACAUCACCCGUGCGUUUAAGACUCCCCAGCGCCGCCCUUCACGCAUGGAGUUGCGCACCGACGCGGUCCUGGCGAGUCUGGAGAUGUCGGAGGUGAAAGGCGACGACGGAGCGUCGGAGGGCGACGAGGAUUACGAGAGUUUGCCCGCUCACGCGUCCCUGUGCACGCACAUGACAGCGGGCGCCGUGGCCGGAGUGCUGGAGCACACGGUCAUGUACCCCGUGGACUCGGUCAAGACACGUAUGCAGAGUUUACAGCCGGAUCCAAAGGCUCAGUACCGCAGCGUGUACGGCGCACUGAAGAGGAUUGUGCGGACAGAGGGCCUCCUUCGGCCCUUGAGGGGCCUCAAUAUCACUGUGCUGGGGGCCGGUCCUGCACAUGCACUGUAUUUCGCCUGCUACGAGCGGAUCAAGCGCAGCCUUAGUGACGUCAUACAGAACGGAGGCAACAGUCACAUUGCUAACGGUGUGGCGGGAAGUGUUGCCACUGUCCUCCACGAUGCUAUCAUGAACCCAGCAGAAGUGGUGAAGCAGAGGAUGCAGAUGUAUAACUCUCCGUACCGCAGCCUGUAUGACUGCGUCCUGACGGUCAGCCGCAAAGAAGGACUAGCCGCCUUCUACCGCAGCUACAGCACUCAACUGACCAUGAACAUCCCCUUCCAGGCCGUCCACUUCAUCACCUACGAGUUCAUGCAGGAACACUUCAACCCCGAGCGGCAGUACCGUCCCGAGACGCACAUCCUGUCGGGAGCGGCGGCCGGGGCCGUGUCUGCCGCCGUGACCACUCCCCUGGACGUGUGCAAGACGCUCCUCAACACGCAGGAGAACGUGGCGCUCAGCUCGGCGCACGUCAGCGGACAUCUCUCGGGCAUGGUCAACGCCCUCAGGACGGUGUACCGGCUGGGCGGCGUGCCGGCCUUCUUCAAGGGCGUCCGGGCGCGGGUCAUUUACCAGAUGCCGUCUACGGCCAUCGCCUGGUCCGUGUACGAGUUCUUCAAAUACUUUCUGACCCGACAGGAGCCGCACAUCCAGGAAGCUCACAAGGCCGGCCCUACGUGAGGCCCGGCGGCCGGCGCCCAAUCCGCUCGGACCAGCCAAAGAGCGAGGAUCGACUGGGAAUGUAGUUGCUCCGUUCUUAUGCAGUAAACACUCCAGUUUGUCGCUAACCUAUUAAUUUAUUGGAAGACUUUGAUGUUGUUGCAAGAAUGUAUUGGCGCUGCACACUACAGAACGCUUCUUGUAAAACAUGACGGAAACAGGAAGGUAAAAACGUGUAGAUGUUUCGUUUGUAUUAUCACUAGCGUAAUGUAUUUAUGAUUGAGCGUGACGGUGUGCGUGUAUGUACAUGUAUGUCUGUGUUUGCACACACACCGUUGGCUCAAUGACACAACAAACCUGUGCGCUGAAAUAUUUUUUAUUUUAUUGCCUUUUUCUGGACUUCUUAAUAUUUUGAGGUUCAGGAGAGUUCGCUUUUAUUAUUUUUAUUAGUAUUUUAUAAUUGAAGACAUUCCUGCUCAAGAAUAAGACCAAUUUUUAUUUGAUUAAUAUUAUUUUUUAUUGCCUAAUCAUUUAUGAAAGCUGCCUGAGCUUAUACUUUUUCAGUAUAUUGACGCACAUCGAUCUCAGUCAGGGAAGAUGGCGUCUUUAAUUGGACUUGAAUGAAAAUGUGGCCGUAAUAUCAACAUUUCAAUGUUCCUGAGGUUUUGGCCUCGGGAAUUUGUACGACAGGGAACAAACGCUGCCUCAUUUUUAUUCACGUUCAAUUAAAUUUGAUAAAUCCCGACAGAAGUUCAAGACUAAAUUAUUUGCGUCAUGAAAACUCCCAUCCAUAUAUAUAUAUAUAUAUAUAUAUAUAUAUAUAUAUAUAUAUAUAUAUAUAUAUAUAUAUAUAUAUAUAUAUAUAUAUAUAUAUAUAUUAUUAUAUAUAUAUUAUUAUAUAUAUAUAUAUAUAUAUAUAUAUAUAAGAUGAACUGAUCCCCUAUUGAGAUUUGAUUUGAAAUUGGAUGCUAAUUUAAUCAACGAUUUCACCACACUAAAGCGCUUAUGAUUUCUAAAUUCAUAGUGUAUGCUCUGCUGAUUUACUCUAAAUGAUUUUUAUCUGAGCAGAAGCUAGUUUUUUGUGCGUGAAAGCUUUCUUUUGCUGUUUAAGGACAUAGUUGUCAACAAUGCUAUAUAUAUAUAUAUUAGCAGUCAAGCCUGUGAUAUAAUUAUGAGAUGUGAUCUAUGCAGUGGGUUUUGAAGAUUUCCUGCUUGUUAAAACCCUGAGAACCGAGAGCGUGCAGCUUAAAUCCCAAACCUUUAUUCCUCAAUGAAGUCGAUAGGAGUUUUCAUAGCUGUGGCAGUCUUAUGCGAGUCUGGGAGCAGAUUUAUUGGGUUUCUGAGCUGUUUGUGAACGUGCAGCCGACUCAUCUUUUGUGUUCUGCCUCUCUGUGAAGCUCUCCGGUCGUCCAUUCAGAAGAAAGCUCGCCUUGUUUUCCAGAAAUAGGCCUUAGUCAGAGGUGACGGCAUAUUUAAUUUGUUACGAAUGAAAAUAAGGCCGCAUGAGACAUCGGGGAGCCGAGAAAGGUGGCUUUUCCGUGUUUUGCAGGUUCAACUAAUUGGGCUUCUUGCACUAAACUCAAACUUAAAUCAGUAGUUAAAUCUAUUCAUUUUUAAAUACCUUACUCGUCUUUGUUGCUCCAAACCGGUAUACAUUUCGUUCUGCUACACAACACAGAUGAUGUUUUAAAAUUGUAAUAGUUUUUGUCUAUCCUUUUGAAAUCACAUGAACGUUCAAGCUUUAAAAAAAAAAGUCAUAAAGAUAAUUCAUAUCCAUCAAGUGGUUAAGGCCAAGUCUUCUUAAGAGACACAAAUGCUUUAUAACGAACCGAUUUGAUUUAAGCUUUGAUUGGCAUAUAAACAUUGAUCGACAGACGUGCAUCAAAUGGUUUCUUAUCAAAAAUAGUUGUCACGUGUCAGACGAGUACACAUAAGCCUCUGUAGACUUUCAUCAGACGCAUGCGCGCGUUAACUUCCGGUCUGUGUUUAUCGGUCUGGUCAGUGCCGCCGGCUCCAAACGCAGCUCAUGAUGAAGAAUAAACUUGGUCUCAGGUUAUUGUGCUGUGGGAAUUAUUUCCCAUGCAUUUAUUUAUUUGUGGCGACCUGCCACGUUUUUCCAAAAGCCUUCCUUUAAAAAAUGAGCACGUGAUGCACGUUUAAAAAUCAAACAGAGGGUGUUU